GGGCCGCGCGGGCGGAGCGGGGGUUUCCAAACCUCUCCCUGGCAGAAAGGGAGCGUCAGCAAACGGCCCCGGGUGCGGAAGCCGGGCGGACAAGCGGCAGCUUGGAGCGGGCGGGCCCGAGCGCUGGGGCAAUGGCCGGCGAGAUGACGAUGCUGGGUUCAGCUGUCUUGGCCCUUUUGUUGGCUGGUUACCUGGCACAACAGUAUCUACCUAUGCCUACACCAAAAGUGAUUGGGAUUGACCUUGGCACCACUUACUGCUCUGUUGGCGUGUUCCUUCCUGGCACAGGGCAGGUGAAAGUUAUUUCAGAUGAAAGUGGGCAUAACAGCAUACCAAGCAUAGUGUCAUUCACAGACACAGAUGUGUACGUGGGAUAUGAUGGCCUAGAACUAGCAGAUUCUAAUCCACAGAACACGGUAUAUGAUGCCAAAAGAUUCAUAGGGAAAAUCUUCACUCCAGAAGAGCUGAAAAAUGAAAGUAGCAGAUAUCCAUUUAAGAUUUUCAGCAACAAUGGAGCAGCUGAAUUUUCAGUGACAACCAAUGAAACAUAUAAUGUCUCACCUGAGUAUAUUGGCUCUCAACUGCUAUUGAAAUUAAAGAGGAUGGCAGAGGAGUACCUUGGCAUGCCAGUUUCUAAUGCUGUCAUUUCAGUGCCAGCAGAGUUUGAUGAAAGGCAACGGAACUAUACUAUUAAGGCAGCUAACCUUGCAGGGUUGGAGAUAUUACGGGUAAUUAACGAACCUACUGCUGCAGCUAUGGCUUAUGGUCUCCAUAAAGUGGAUGUGUUUAAUGUUCUGGUAGUGGAUUUGGGUGGAGGAACUUUGGAUGUCUCAUUAUUGAAUAAACAAGGAGGGAUGUUUCUGACACGAGCGAUGGCAGGUAACAACAAACUUGGAGGACAGGACUUUAAUCAGCGAUUGCUGCAGUACUUGUAUGACCAAAUCUAUCGAAUGUAUGGCUCGGUGCCCUCCAGAAAGGAAGAAAUACAUCGACUUAGGCAGGCUGUGGAAGCAGUCAAGUUAAAUUUAACUCUACACAAGUCUUCUCCUGUCAUAGUCUCUCUUACUAUGCCAGAAAGGAAGGACCUAAAAGCUGUUUCAGAAGAACAGAUAAAAAAAAAAAACGUAAUUACAGCCAAAUCUUCACAAAUGGAAGACGGUAUGAUAAACCUUUUAAGGGAUGACCUUUCACAAGCACAGAGCCACACUGUGAAAGUUGUUUUUGAAACACAAAUCUCAAGAAAACUAUUUGAGAUGUUGAAUGAGGACCUUUUUCAGAAGAUCCUUGUGCCCAUUGAGCAGGUGUUGAAGGAAGGACAUCUACCCAAGACAGAAGUGGAUGAGAUUGUAUUAGUAGGAGGCUCUACACGUAUUCCCCGGAUACGCAGAGUUAUUCAAGAGUUCUUUGGAAAGGAACCCAACACCUCUGUGGAUCCUGAUUUGGCAGUGGUAAUGGGUGUAGCUAUCCAAGCUGGGAUUGUUGGAGGGUCCUGGCCCCUCCAAGUCAGUGCUGUAGAAAUUCCUAAUAGGCAUUUACGAAAAACUAACUUCAACUGAACUUCAUUGUUCUUGUCACAUUCCAUUAUUCACUGUUUCAAAAAUCUACUCAUGACCGUGCAUAGACUUACCCAACAAACAUUGAAACCUUGUCUUAGCCAUGUAAUAUAUACCUUUUUAAUUCUGUUCCAUUUAAGUGUUGCUAGACCAUUUAUUGUGUGCUGGCUCUAUCAUGUUUUAAAGGUACUAGCAAUUCAAAAAUAAUGGACACACACAACCCACCUCUGCUCCAUUGGUUUGUCGUCUGGAUGUGGGAUGAAAACCUGAAUUGAUAGUUUUGAAAACCUGCUACUGCCAAUAAAAUGCACACAUUUUCUUGCUAAAUUUUAUUAGCAGACCCUGAAAACUCGAAAGUGGAAUGUAAUCAUGAGCUUGAACCUGUGGUGGAGAUCGUAUGUACUGUGAGAUGAGGUGUAGCAGUAUUAAUGCAGACAGCUCAAAUAAUGUUCAGCUUAAAUUUAUUUAUUAAACUGAUUCAGUUGAGCACUUCAAAGCACCUUUCUAAAUGCAAUUUUCCUGUUUUGAAUACUGUCUAUUUGUCCACUUCACUUAAGAUUCUUGUGCUGCUGUUUAUAACAGCACAGUGUUAUUGCUGAAACUAUUUGUGGAUUUGUCGUCUCUUUUUAAUGUAGACUUACUGCGGUCAAAAAAAAUUAAGAAUUUUUUUAGCUGUUUCAUGCUGUUACUCCGGUGUCUGCUUUAAAAUGCAUUUUCCUAACGGAUUCCUAUGAUUCAGUUUGUCAUCAGCUAGAGAGGCUGCUGUGGUCCCUCUGAUGUUUCUCCAGUGGGCAGACACCUGAUAAUACCAUCAUUACUGUAGUUCCUGCCAUGCAGCUAAAAGAUUUUAUAAAGCCAAUUUUAUAUUAAAUGAAAAAAGCACAUUAGGCUCUGGAAGGGUCCCAUUCAAGUUCUUCAACCAGUACAUCCCUACCAUGAAAUGCGUUGUUACUCAACUAAGAGAAUUGCUACAGCUUCUUUUCAUUAACUUUCUCCCUAAAAAUAAAAUGAAUCCCAACUAUUUUUACCUGGUGCCUAUCAUGUUGGUGUCUACAUGUUUUCAGGUUCCUGAUGCUUGCGCCCACUCUGUGAAGUGAACAUGGAGUGAUAAUUGUGAGGUGUAGUCUGGUAAAGAAAAACCAUAUAAGUAGCACAGGAACUGGGAUGUAAAUGUAGUAAUAUUGCAGCCUUUUGCUUUUGAUAACGGUUUUGACUACUGGCGGGUUAAUAAACACAAGGAGCAGAAGUUGACUCCUACAGUCUCAACUGUUGGAGGAAGGUUUUAAAGAAACUUGUCUAAUUGUGUUCUUUUUGAAGGGAUAAAUUGAAAUACUGAAUAGCCAAAUGAACUCUUUUUUUAUAUAUGUUGUUUUAUCCUUAGUCAAUGAAGAGGGUAUUAUCACCUAACUAGAUAACUAAGCAAAAUUUGCUUAACAAAUCUGAAAUGAGUUGUAUUUUAAAUGUGAGAUUUAAUAGCAAAAUAUUUAAAAUGAACAGUUAUCUGCUACAUUUUGAGACUUUUCAGUAAUAGGCUUGCACUUAGUAGGGCAGACCCAUUCCAUCAAAACAGUGUUUUUUAAACUAUUUUAAAGUGGCCUUGUCUCUGAAUUUGUAAAGUAUCUCAGAUGAUACUGCUGGUAGCUUUUGACCUGUAACCAAGGAACACCAAGAAGCUUUCUGUAUGGAGAAAGAAAAAUAGCAGAAAUUCUUUUUUAUCAAGGGCCCUCAUGCCCUGUGUUUAUAUGGGUCCUAUUGCAACAAGGGGGGAAAUAUUUUAAUAAGUGGUUGUACAAUUACAAAAAUUAGCAGGGGUGGGUAUGUAAUUCUUGAAACUACCUUUUCUUUUUUUUUUUACACGAAUGACAACCUUAAAGUUGAAGUCCCUUCAAAGAAAUAAUGGACAAAUAUCAGUAUGCAGUACAAUUCUCUCAAAUAAUAUGCAGAUGCUAUUUCAGGCCCUUCUUGUGCAAAUACUUCUGUGUUUACUUUGCAUAGAUGCAGAAAUCUCUGCAAGAAUUAGGACUUACCCUGCUGUAAGUCUUAUUCAUAGUUUUUUUUUUUUUUUUUUAAGGGUGUUAGAAUUGCAAUUGGUCUUAAAAUGCUAAUUUUUGGUACUGUAUUUUGGCACAAACCACUGAAUUUUAAACAAAACAAAAUAUUGUACUUUGUAUAUUUUCCCCAGUGCACAACUUACUAUCAAGGUUCUUCAUUUAACUAAAUGCCACUGUUUGUAGAUUGGAGUUCUGUUUUUAUGACUAGUCCUAUUUAAAUCUUGAUGCCUGUAGCCCUAUACCACCUAACUUUACUUAGAAGAGUUUAUGUAGCUGAGGUUCAAGGGAGUGCAGUCUUGGAAGUGGUGAUGCCUUGUCAAUAUUUUAAAAUCUUGUCAGUUUACAGGUUGACAUGUAUAUCAUCUGCAUUUGGGGAAAAUGUCAUCCUUCAGAGAUAUUCAUAUACAGCCUUUUAAAAUACGUUCUUAAAUAAAGGUAACUGCAUCUGCCCUGACAAA